GCCAAUUCUCCACCCGUCAUUGUCAACACUGACACAUUAGAACCACCAGCUUAUGUAAAUGGAACCGAAGGCGAGAUGGAAUAUGAAGAGAUCACUCUAGAGAGGGGCAACUCCGGGCUGGGCUUCAGCAUCGCCGGCGGCACCGACAAUCCUCACGUUGGCGACGACCCCAGUAUUUUCAUCACCAAAAUCAUCCCCGGAGGGGCGGCUGCUCAAGAUGGCAGAUUACGAGUGAAUGACAGCAUCCUCUUUGUGAACGAUGUGGACGUCCGGGAAGUGACCCACAGCACGGCAGUGGAGGCGCUGAAGGAGGCGGGCUCCAUCGUGCGGCUCUACGUCAUGCGCAGGAAACCGCUGGCGGAGAAGGUGAUCGAGAUUAAGCUGAUCAAAGGCCCUAAAGGGCUGGGCUUCAGCAUUGCGGGCGGUGUUGGCAACCAGCACAUUCCUGGGGACAACAGUAUCUACGUCACCAAAAUCAUUGAGGGCGGGGCAGCCCACAAGGAUGGGCAGCUGCAGAUCGGGGACAAAAUCCUAGCGGUAAACAAUGUGAGCCUGGAGGACGUCAUGCAUGAAGAUGCGGUGGCAGCUCUGAAGAACACCUUUGACGUUGUGUACCUGAAGGUGGCCAAGCCCACCACCCUUGACUUGAAUGACUCUUAUGCGCCCCCUGACCUCACUUCCUGUGAGUGGCUUCCUGCUCCUUCCUCUUCAUCUCUCCACCUUCCCCCUCUUAGAGAACCUCAUAACAGAG